UGGGGGGGGUUGUGUUUUGUGUUUCUCUUUCUUCUCUUCUUAAUGAUUUUAGAAAUGGAUUAUGAUAAUGUCAGUAUUAGAUUUAUAGGCCUAUCCACAUAUUGUCGGUUGUUCCAAUGGCUACUCCCACUCUGAUUGAACAACAAACAAAUACGCUAUACUGCUGUAUGAGUAUCUUUUAAGUACUAUCUAGGAAUUAUACGACAAAAACUGAGAAGCAAACGAAAAUGAGUGAGCAGCAACAAACUGCUGCUACAAUGUUGACACACCAACGAUGAAAUGCUACAGUAGUGCAUUCCAGAAUCGCCGGACAUACGUACGAUACGAGGCGAUCCGGGUCUACUCUACACUCUUUUUAACAGUCAGUCCCCUGCAUGCAUGCAUGUAUUCCUGUUCUUGGAUUACAUCAUGAUAACACAAAAUAUAGAUGGAUCCCCAUUUUCCAUUGCCAAACGAUCCAUCUCCUUGAGCCAAUUUAGAUGGAUCCCGGCCUCCUUUGAAAAUUACAAGUACUAACUACAAAAGGACUACGUAUCGUCUAUCAUCAAAGAAUAAACACGGCUUGCAUUCUGGAAUAAACUAAAUCAGCUUCUGGAUUGUCUGCUAUAGCUCUACCAUCCGUCUUCUUGCGAGGUGUCAACAUCGCUGUAAUAUUCACCAAUACAAACGAGCCCAUAUAUAUUUAAGAAACACUCGUGAAUGCUAAAUGGAUAUACUGCAAUAUAUUCCCGUCGGUCAUAGUAAUCAUCAAACCCAAUGCAAUUCCAACAGGCAGACUUCAUCGCCAGCAUUGCUGUUAUUAACAUCAUCAAAGAAUACAUAUAUAUGUAUGUAUACCUUGCCAGCAGAGACCACCAGUACCAAGUGCAACACUCUGGAAAAAACUCCUCUGAAGAUCAAAGCUCCACACAGCGGAGGUCGGGCGGGAGGCAUGCAAGAAGUUGUUGAUGAUCAGCAGAUUCAGAAGAAGCGGGAGCACAGUCAUGAUGCUCGUCCAGAUCCCACCACUGCUGCUACUGACGAGAACAUCAUCAGCGGAUUGGCAUUUCGCCAACUUUUGAGCUACGCAGACGCAUGGGAUUGGGUAAUGAUGGUUACGGGUACCUUGGGAUCCAUAAUCCAUGGACUGGCUCAACCCAUAGGCUAUUUUUUGCUGGGCAGAGCCCUUGAUGCAUACGGUAACAACAUAAGCGACACUGAUGCCAUGGUUAAAGCCCUG